CAGAUAAAAAUAGAAUUGGACUUAACCUAAUUGAAGUUCGGAAAAGCCCAGUUUUCACAACUCCUCUUUAUUCUCGUAAUUGAUAUUUAUGGAAUUGCUCAUCUCUAUUAUUGUAAUUGUAAAGACAUUCCGCACUGAUUGCUAAUUGGAAAUUUAAAUACCGGGUUGAUAUCAAAUAUCACAACCAUUGACUGUGUUCUCAGUGGGUUCUCAGUGGCCUCAACAAUACAAGAGCUAUGUGACACCGUCCUGUUGUCAGUUCGACAUAGAUCCCGGUGAUCAUCAGAAGUGUUUAUUCUGAAAAUCAGACCCAUUCAUCGCAAUUGGAUGAGAUAAGUCUUAUUCAUCUAUAAGCAACCGCUCGUGUCCUCUUUUUGGCCAGAACUUUAUUGUCUGGAGGAGUGCCCGACCUCUUUUUUAAAAAGGUUUUGAAAAUUUUAACAAUAGAAAGAUGUACGUAUAAGAGAAACGGACUCUCAUACAUUUACAUUAUGAAAACGUUAUGAAUAGAAAUUUAUGACUGUUUAAAAUCCAUACAAUCGUUGAAUUAUACACGGUGUAGUCGGAUUUAAAUAUUUUUAGUGUGUCGGACAUGUUUGUGCCGGUGUAGAUGAGAAGUUUUAAAGGGAAAAUUAUCGGUCAUUAUUGACUUUUUCUGUGUGGAACACUGUUUCAGGAGUAUGCUUCGAUGCUUUUGUAUAAUAAUAAAUGGAACAUUUAGGACUACGUAGAUCCAGUACCUCAUACUAUCAUACAUGUGCACUUAUUCUUUGGAUCUGUUAGAAUUUUAAGAAUGAGAAAUGGCGACUUCACGAAACCAGGAAUCGGUCACAAAUGGAUUCCAUGAUAGUGACAGUAUCAGUGAGCGUAUGAAGAAAUACAAAAUAGAUGACGAAGACGACACGACAGGAAGUAAAUCCUCGGAGGAAAUAAGUUCCCCUCUAUUCAAGGAUGAGGCAGCAAGGCUGAAACACCUACACAAGAUCCGUGCCUCACCCACCAGUUCAGCAGCUUCCAGAAUUUCAAAAAAUAGAAAUCGAUCUUACGAAGUUCUUGAUUUUUCUAAUGGAUCGACGCAGACGUACGACAACCUCCGCAGCAGCGUUCCAACCUCAUCACCUGUGAUCCCAUCUAGAACACCAGCAUUAGCCGACCUUCCACCGCUACUUGUACCAAAGGAUGGCAACCUCCAGAAUUUCAAUGUGGAUGAAAUGGCCAUGUUUUUCAGAUAUAUGAGAAUUAACGAGGAAACAGUGCAGAGACUUCACCGAAAGGAAUUGGACGGUAGAAAGUUCGGCAAACUCAAAGACAAAACUCUGGAAGACUUGCAAAUCAAAAACCCCAUUAUUCUUCAUUUCAGGGAUCGGUCGAAUAAGGAUAGAUUCGGUUUCAUGCUUUAGCGCCAUCUUGUGGAAUGGUCAUAUCCCAGUGUAAACAAUGUGGUGCAUGAUUGUGCCCCAUAUUACAUGUAUAUGAUAUUAUUUACACUAAUGAUCAUAAAUUGUCCUUUAUUAACAAUGAAAUCUUUUAGCUUGAUAUAAAACGAUUUUGCUAAAGGCAGACUCUUCAUUCAUGAAGACAGAAUGUGAUUUCUUUGAGAGGAACAGAACAUGAUUUAAAUAUAAUGUCUAAUUUUUAAAAAUGCUUAGUGUCCAUUUAAAGCAUUAUAUUCAAUAUCAAUAUUUGCUUAUAUAUUAUGUCCGAUGUAUGCAGCUCUGAUAUUUUUUUUUUCCUUUUUGUAUAUAUUCGCAAUUUUUCUUCUAAGAAUUUGAAUUCACACAUAUAUUCUUCAUACAUCGCCAUAAUUUAUCAUUUAUUUCAUUAAAAACUUUAAUUAUUCCAUGUUAAAGUUCCGUUAUGUCAAAAUGGUAAGAUUUUCUUCAACUCAGCUUCCAACCGUAGGUAACUUUAUAGUCAGUUUAAUUGUUAUUAUUUGACUUUAUUUAAUGAACACAGUCAGACCAUUAAUGUAAUUAGCUUCUGAUUAAUACAUGUGUAUGAAAACAAUGCCCAGGUGCUCAAAAGAGAGAACAUAUUUUCAGAUACUUUUAAAGAGGAAUACCAGUUUAUAGCAUAAUUUAGUUUCUCAAUGCUUAAUCCUCGACAUAAAAUACAAGUAGAAAAUAAGUAUGUAUAUAUAUCUUUAGCUGCAAAAACUGUAGCUCUCUGAGAAAAUAUUGGAACGGAGCAGCUUAUGUAUCUUACAUGCCACAUGAGUAAACAUGAUUGUUACUUCACAUAUAAAACAUCUCGUAUAUAGCCUGCACUUUAGUCAUAUUAUAAGAAAAAAUUCUAUCCCCUCGUAAAGCCAUUAAAAAAAACCAGUUCUAUUUCUUGAGAGAUUUGGCAUCGUUUUCCAAAAUGAAUGUUUUACAACAAAAUGUAGAUAUCAGGAAUUAAUAUUUAGGUUGUUUGCAUUAUGAGGAAUAUGUAAACAAUGAAAGCACAGAGUGAUUUCUGCAUAUCAUUAUUGAGAUUUUUUGUAUUGAUGAAAAAAUCGGUCAGAUUCCUUCAAGGCAAGGAAUUUACUGUCAUUAAAAUUUUUAAAA